AGAAUGCACUAUUGUAAUAGGUCUAUAAAAACAAUAAAACAUGUUGCAGAGAGGUGUUUUAAUGUAAUCGCCUACACUGCCUAUGUGAAUAUGGGCGGGGGAGUCAUUUUCGUUAUGAAUCUCCUCAACUUGUCUAGUAGUGAGGAUUGACAGGUAGGAUAAAAAAAAUUGAUAUCCACUCCAACACCAAACGGAACUUUUGGUUGUAUCGGUCAGGAUGGUUCUCUCAAUACAUUAACAAUAGCUGGCUCCAAGUUCUAAUUUAUUUAUAUAGCGUGGACAAAGGUGGUUUAUUGACUGUAGUAACCGUCGCCUUAUCCCAAAUGUUCCGUCUCAGCAUAAUUUGACGUUUUACGGUCAGGCGGUCUUUGAACAGCCAUUUUUAACUUGAACCAUAGGGCAUUUUCUCAUAACGUUGUUCCGCAAUCUCUUAAAACGGUUUCGAUCAGCAAAUGUAAAUCCUUUACUGUUAUAAACAAGAUACACGUAUUGUUAUAUUGACAACAUGACGAGGAGAUUGCUUCUGGUGUCAAAUUCCACUCUACACGGCGGGGGAUAUCUGGAACAUUGUCAGCAAGAGAUCCAAGAUUUUUUCGGAAAACAGGUGACGAGGAUUCUGUUCGUCCCUUACGCGUUGCACGACCGAGACGCCUAUGCAAAAACUGCCCGAGAGAAGCUGCAGAGUUUAGGUUAUGAGGUGGACAGUAUUCACGAGGCUUCCGACCCAGUGGAGGCGGUUAAGAAGGCACAGGGGAUUUUUAUCGGAGGGGGCAACACUUUCCGUCUGCUGAAAACACUGUAUGACCACGAUCUGGUGUCUGAGAUCCAGAAGCGUGUCCUUCAGGAUGGGGUGCCUUACAUGGGGUCGAGUGCAGGCACCAAUGUGUCCACUUUCAGCAUCAACACCACCAACGACAUGCCCAUCGUCUACCCACCGACCCUCAAAGCCAUAGGCCUGGUUCCUUUCAACAUCAACCCCCACUACCUGGACCAUAACCCCCAGAGCAAGCACAUGGGGGAGACGAGGGAGCAGCGGAUUCAGCAAUAUCACGAGGAGCCGGACACGCCAAGCGUGCUGGGUCUGAGAGAGGGCUCAAUGCUCCUGGUGGAAGGGGACAAAGCCACCCUGCUGGGAAGCACCAAGGCCAGGCUCUUCAGCAGGGGGAAGCCUCCCACAGAAUACGAACCCGGGAGUGAUCUCAGCUUCCUGCUGGCUGAGGGAAAAUGACCUGGAGCCCAGGGGACAAAGUGCACAGCUGGUGGAAACUCAACAGAA